UAUAAAAAUAUUUUGUGCUAUCCAAAGAUGGCCCAAAAUCGAAACCAAACAAUUACCUCUUGUUGCGUUGAUAUUUGUCCUAAAUGGGAGCUUUUGCUCUUAAAAAGUGGCCUUAGCGCACGAUCCGAUUUCUUCAUCCUACGGCAGAGCUUGAGCAGUCUAUUCCCCUUAUCAAGGGUUUAAAAUUAGUAAAUCCACACUCGAUAGGGAUUACCAUCUUAAGCCGUCAAUGAACAAUGCUAAUCCAACGGUCACAAAGUAAUGCUCAACACACAAUGUCCGCCUAUAUCGAAACUCCUCCACCUCCGCCAUCUUCAUGCUGCAUUUCCCUCAUUCCGAAUUUAAAAUCACCAUUAUCAACAGGAAGCAAAAAGAGCUGAAAUAAAAUGUCAGGGAGAGGAAAGGGUGGUAAGGGGUUGGGCAAGGGCGGCGCAAAGCGCCACCGCAAGGUGUUGAGAGACAACAUCCAGGGCAUCACCAAGCCCGCUAUUCGGCGUCUGGCUCGCCGUGGUGGCGUGAAGCGCAUCAGCGGGCUCAUCUACGAGGAGACGCGGGGCGUGCUUAAGAUCUUCCUUGAGAACGUCAUCCGCGACGCUGUUACCUACACCGAGCACGCCCGUCGGAAGACUGUGACGGCGAUGGACGUUGUUUAUGCACUCAAGAGGCAGGGCCGAACUCUUUACGGCUUUGGUGGUUAAGGCGUUAGGUUUAGGGUGUAGAUUUAGGGUUUUUGUAUAAUGUUCAGACUUGUUGACUAUCUAUCUUAGAUCGUCAUAUGUUGGUUUUUUAAUUAACUGAAAUGGAAAUUGGGUCUCUAUAUAUGAGCUAUCAUUA